GACAGUGCGGCCUGAUCCGCGGCGCCGGCCGAAUCGCCGGCACCCCACGUCCGCGUCCGCCGAGCGUUCGUUCCUCGACGCGAUGUGCCGAAAACGAUGAAUGAAAAUGUGCGCGGUCCCGUUACAUCAAAUGCGCAUCGCGAUGAGAUCAACCCGUACGAUUUUCCGUUGAACCGUUCGAGCAAGGAAAUCGCGAAUAAAGCGCAAAGAUUUUAACGAGCACUACAUUUCGCGAAAGGAGUGACGCAUUGCAUUAUUUUCGCCAACGAAAGAUUAUGGCAUCAUAAUUAUGCAUUCGCUAUUGUGUAAGUAAAUGGGAUUUUAAAUCAGCGAUAAAAUAUGAAAAUCGCAAUCAUGCGUUAUAAAGCAAGAAAUUCUCUUCGGAAUUUUCGAAGAAUAAUAAAAUAUUUUUUCAACUUUCAAUAACGCAAGAAGAAAAACAUGAAUAACUUCUACAAUGAAAUGAUUUGAAAUUCGACGAAUGGAAGAAUUCUUUUGCAACAUCUCUAAUAAUAGCUAUAUAUAAAUCACCAUAACAUUAUAUAAUCAAAUCAAAAUAUGAAUAUAUUUCCUCGUGGAUAAUUUCUAAGGGGGAAUAACUAACUUUUACAAAGAUGAAAAAAAAAAUAAUCCAUCCAACGACACUCUCUUCACUAUUGAAGGGCUCUCGACUAUCAUGAAGUCCAAAAUGAGCGAGGAGUCACCCAAGAAAAGUCGUUCUUCGCAACGCAAACGGUGAAUCAACAUCCACGCAUUCACCAUCAUCAUGCUGAAGGUAAUGGCGGCGAUGUCGACGAGUCUACCCCGAGUAGAAUCCACGUCUUCGUCGGCCCUCAUCAACAAUACCAUUACCGUCUCCAGCACAACGGCGACCACAACAACGGCCGCAAAUGUGACGUCAUCAGCGGAAAACCCGACGGUGGAAAAUCUUCCUGAAAAUGUGAACGUGCUGUUGAUGGUAAUUAAGGGUAUCAUUAUGGGCACCAUCAUUACCACGGCGAUUCUGGGUAACAUGCUAGUGAUAGCCAGCGUGCGGAGGCAUCGCAGAUUGCGAGUAGUCACCAACUGUUACGUCGUCAGCCUGGCAGCGGCCGAUCUCCUGGUGGCGAUAUGCGCCAUGACCUUCAACGCCUCGGUAGAGCUCUCAGGGGGAAAAUGGCUCUUUGGGGCGGUUAUGUGUGACCUGUGGAAUUCGCUAGAUGUGUACUUCAGCACCGCCAGCAUCCUUCAUCUCUGUUGUAUCAGUGUGGACAGGUACUAUGCCAUAGUGAGUCCACUUGAGUAUACGGUGAUAAUGAGGCAGAGUACUGUGGGAUGUAUGCUGGGUAGUGCCUGGAUCCUGCCGGCGCUGAUAAGCUUUAUUCCAAUCUUUAUGGGAUGGUACACGACAAAGGAACACCUAGACUACAUGGUGAAGCACCCAGAGAGCUGUGAGUUUCGAGUGAAUCUACCAUACGCACUCAUCAGUUCCUGCGUGUCCUUUUGGAUCCCAGGCCUGGUGAUGAUUAUCAUGUACUGCAAAAUCUACAAAGAGGCGAUUCGGCAACGAAAGGCACUCAGCCGGACGUCUAGCAACAUCGUCCUUAAUAGCGUACACCAUCACCGCUCGUCCACCCGGCAUCAUCAUCAUCAGCAGAUGUUGCUGCAGGCCGCUGCUGAUACCGGUGAGCUAGCCCUUCACACGGCACAUUUCGCGGUGCCCACGGAGCUCCACGCCGUUAACGGCACUUCGAUACGACAGCAAACGAAAAGUUGGCGGGCCGAGCACAAAGCUGCGAGAACACUUGGUAUAAUUAUGGGGGCGUUCCUUCUCUGUUGGUUACCAUUCUUUCUCUGGUACCUGAUAACGUCGCUGUGUGGCGAGGCCUGCUAUUGUCCGGACACGGUGGUAUCGGUGCUCUUCUGGAUAGGUUACUUCAACAGCGCCCUGAAUCCGCUCAUCUACGCGUACUUCAAUCGUGACUUCCGCGAUGCCUUCAAAGACACGCUGAAGAGCGCCUUGCCCUGCUGCGCCGGCUGUUGGAAGGCACCCUCGCAAUUUGUCUAGUGUGCGAGACGAAGAAUAACUCCGAAAAAUCCGCCUCCGAAAGGCGAGUUCCCCUUUUUUCUCAUCGAAUUUCCAGCCAAAAUGAAAUCCAACCGCUUUAAUUCAGCGACUUUCGGAUGCCAAUCGACGCUAUUCGCAAUUAACCUUUAUUCGACGUAUUGUUUCGUAUGUCAUCAGCUCUUUCGUUCGUCGCAAUUCAGUGCGAAGCACAUGCGAUAUUGAUUGUUAGUAUUAAGCAAUGUGUAGCCUGCUCCGCACUUUUUUUUAUCCAAUCAUGAUGUACAAUAAUUUCUGUUAUAAUAAAAUGUGCUAUA